GUUUAGUUGGGAGUUUCUUCCGUUACAGUCAAGAAGUAGCCUACGAUACUUUUAUCUGACGCGGCUUCUGUGCCUUUUGAAAAAAACCCCGGACAGAAACUUUUUUUUUUUUUUGCCGGAUGCUGGGAUACAGUUACGUGCUCUGGGCAUUUCAUAGCAAUAGCGAAACAUUUUUCUCUCUGUAUUUGUUCACAGUUGCGAGGAAGGAUGGCAGCAAUCAAGGCACUCCAGCAAUGGUGCAAAAUUCAGUGUGAUGGCUAUCGAGAUGUGAAUAUCAUCAACAUGACAACGUCGUUCAGGGACGGACUGGCCUUUUGCGCGCUUAUCCACAAACACAGACCGGACCUAAUAAACUAUGGCUCUCUCACUAAGGAAAAUGUUUACGACAACAACAACUUGGCGUUCCGCGUGGCGGAGGACCACCUGGGCAUCCCGGCGCUGCUGGACGCGGAGGACAUGGUGGCUCUGAGAAUCCCCGACCGCCUCAGCAUCCUCACCUACGUGUCCCAGUACUACAACUACUUCAACGGCCGUGCCCCCAGUGGGGGUGUGGGCGGAGUCAAGAGACCAGCGGAGGGGUCCAAGGAGGAGCCUUCGGGGAAGAAGAACCUGCCGGUGAUCGCCAAGCCCCUCCCCUGCAAACUUGCGGUGGAGAAUCGCCCGCCCCUCGCCGUUACAGUCACCGCACCCUCUGGGCACUUGCCAAAAUUACCUCCCGCUGCUGACAAGCCGCUUCCUCAGAAGGAAGUUUUGGUGGAGAGCUCCAAUAAUACAGGGACCAUUAGCAGCACCUGUGUGGUUUGUAAACACCAUGUUCAUCUCGUCCAGCGCCACCUGGUGGAUGGGAGGCUCUACCACAGGAGCUGCUUCAAGUGCAACGAAUGCUCGAAAACCCUCCUCUCUGGAGCCUAUAAAGGCGGACCGGAACCAGGAAGCUUCACGUGCACCGCUCACCAGAGCUCCCAGAACAACUGCAAGAUGACGGCUCCGAGUGACGCUGCUCCCUCCCCCCACCCCGUCUCCGUUCUCUCUGCCCCAAUCAGAACGGAAGCCAAGCCCGUAGCCCCGCCUUCUGCCACCUCGAACUGGACCACCUCAGCCCAGAAGACCCAGGCGGCCCGCCAGCGGUUUUUCACGUCCGCUCCCGCUGUGGCUGACCCCACGCCCUCCAGCAGGCGGGCCCCGGCGGCCCCAGAGAGCAGGGGCCCCAGCAGGGACCUGGAAGAGAAGAAGCCAGACCGUGCCAGUUCACUGAUGACAGGGAACCUGUCGGAGGGCAACUGCAACAAUAACAAUAUCUCCACACAUCCACGGCUCUGGGAAACUGGCCACUGGGCCCCUCCUGCUGACGUUUCCAGAUCUAAGAGGGACUUGAACGGCUACGGAACAGCGGAGAACAAACCAGUCGAACCCUCGAUGCGUCUCAAAACCACCAGCAACAAGGAGGCGCUGUGGGUCAAGUCUACCCAGAGAGAGUCUUUAAACGACUUCUCUUCCCGGAUCAAAGAUGUCGAGAGGUCUGAGACGCCAGCGGACUGGAGAUCAAUGCUCAGGCCUGUGCCAAAUGGACAAGGGCUUAACCUGUUGCUCCCUCCCGCCUCACCCAUCGCUGUAAUGAUUGACUGGUUGAGAGUGCAGCCACUGCCAUUCUCCCCCAUCCUCUCGAGUCCCAAGGAGUGCUGCAUCUGCUCUGAGAUGGAGGCCAACCCUUGUCCAACAUUGCCGCAGAACGACACCACUACAAACCCACUGUCUCCCCAAACUGGAGUCUGCUCCGGUACCCCUGCCAUUAGCCACGAAAAUGCAAGAACCCCUUCUAGAAAGCCUCAAAAUGUGUGUGGACGUUGGGAUUUCACAAACUGGUCUGGUUCGCCAUCCACGAAUGCUUCCACGCCUGAAUCAGCUCUGCCCAAGGGCCGGUCCUUCUGUGUGCCUGCAGAACGGAUCCAGCAGGAGCUGCAGGAGAUCGAGGAGCACCUGAGCGACCUGGAGAAGCAGGGAGUGGAGAUGGAGAAACAUCUUCGCCACUGCGAGGCAGAAGGGGAAGAGGAUGCUUUGGACUCAUUAAUGGUGGACUGGUUCAACCUGAUUCAAACCAAGCAGGCUUGCAUCCGCAGGGAAUCUGAGUUGGUCUACAUUGCAAAAACUCAAGAUUUGGAGGAGCAGCAGCCAGGAGUGGAAGGGGAACUGAGGAGACUGAUGGACACACCAGAACAUUUAAAGACCUCAGUGGACCAGCAGAGGGAAGAGGAGCUGAUGGAGAGGCUGAUGGAGAUCAUCAACGACAGGAAUGCCAUCGUGGUGGUGCUGGACGAGGACAGGCUGAGAGAGGAAGAGGAAGAUCAACAGCUGCAUCAAAUGAUGGAAAAACUGGGCAAACGGAGAGAGAAAAGCAAGAAGAAAUCUCCCAUUAAGAAGUUGUUUAGGCGUUUGAGUAAAAAAGACAGCAUGAAGAAUUGAUCCUCGGGGGGGGGGCGUACUGGUGGGCGUGUUCAGCAGCGGGCUCUGAUGUCAUUCGCUUGAUGUUUAUUAGUUUGAAUGGGUUUCGCAUUCCGGUUGAUUUGAGUGAGGCCUUUUUAAGCAUUGAAAGGAAGACCUCUCGUUGUGAUAAGAUGGGUCUGUACUGUAUGUAUGUACACAAAUCGCUAGCCCGCUAACUUCAUCCAGUGAUGUAGCUGAGAUUCUAUGCGGUUUAGUUGUUUUCAGUAAUCAUUUUAAUCGUAUGACUGAAAAUUAUUUUUAAAUAUUGGCGUCUAACUGGCCUCUACUAUUGCGCAGGGUAAAAAUAUUUGAGAAGGUUAAAAUUGCUCAGCUGUAUCCUAAACAUUUAACAUCAUUGUUUUUGUUGCACUGUUUUAAUGGACAUUGGGUUAUAUAGCAUAGUUAAUUACCUUUUGAAUUGGUUUGUUUGUAACGAAUAGUUCAUCUUGGGAGUUAUGAUCAAAUUUUUUUUUUUCUCAGCAUUUACUGAUCUGUGUUAAUGUAAAUUUUGUUUUGCUAAUUUUAAGUCACUGUUCUGAUUAAUCCAUAUUUUAAAAGGUCACCGUUUAACUGUCAAAACAAUGGUUCAAUGGGUGGAUUUUUAUGAAGGUUGUAAUACAAGACACAUUUUUAAAACCAAGUACAGUGCAGAAUAGUCCUGAAUAAUUUGAAUUUCUUUGUGUAUUCAAUGAUGGGUGUUGUAUUAUUUUGGUAUGGGUAUAUGAAGCUGUUUUUCAUCAAAUUUAUCAGCAAUGUGUGAAUUGGGAGUUCCUGGUAUCACUUAUAGGGCCAAUGGCCUACUGUAGUACUGAUGAAUUUCUACCACAAGGUGGCACUGUUGGGUUAUAAUGUAACAAAAAAAAUCACAAAAUGCCACAACCAAGACUUGAGUGGCCACCUUUUAAGUUCAUCUAAUUUAGCAUGACUCACUCUACCAAUGCAAUAAGAUCAAACUGAGACUAAUUAAACAGACUGUAAUUUAAUUGUUUUGAUCCCUUUCAUCAUUUGGUUCAAAAAGUAAUGUUUUCAUGUUUUGUACCCGUUCUUGCAAUGUGUGAACUUCUGUAAUGCAUUGGAAUUAGAAACUUUAUAGAUUGCUGUAGACCAGCUGAAAGAAUUGGAGCAUGUGAUUGAUGCCUUUAGAGUAAAGCUUUUUAAGGUGUGUACUGUAAGAAUUAUUAAUGCGGGUGUACAUGCGUAUUAUUUAUACAAUAUUUAUAUACAUUUUAAGAGUUUGCAGUCAAAUAAAGCAAUUAAUAUUGUACAAUUCAA